AUGGGGAGUCCCUCCGUUGGUGGUGGUAGUCAGGAAGGGAAGCCCCCUGAGGAUGUUGGCGCCGCUGCUUCUGCUGCUGCCGCAGAAAGAGAUGGUUGCUUGGUGAGGGAGCAAGACCGGUUCAUGCCCAUAGCGAACGUGAUAAGGAUAAUGAGGAGGAUCCUCCCCAGCCACGCCAAGAUCUCAGACGACGCCAAGGAGACGAUCCAAGAGUGUGUGUCGGAGUACAUCUCCUUCGUCACCAGCGAGGCCAACGAGCGCUGCCAGAGGGAGCAGAGGAAGACCAUCACUGCAGAUGAUGUGCUGUGGGCCAUGAGGAAGUUGGGGUUCGAUGACUACGUCGAGCCCCUCUCAGUCUACUUGCAGAAGUUCAGGGAGAUGGAAGGGGAGAGAGGGGGGAUGCGGGUGGUGGAUGGCCUCACCGGGAGCAUGAGAAAGGACAUGGGUGCUCUCAAUGGCUACCAUAGUUCUACUCACCAUGGGAUGUAUGGUGGCGGUGGUGGAAGGUUUUACAGGGACGGUGGAAGGGGCGGUGGCGCUCCUCCUGCUGCUGGUGGUGGUGGUUCUCUAUACCGAGGUCCGGUAUGA